AUGGACGACCUGCGGGUGCUGUGGCUGCGCGACCGCGUGUGCGCCGCCCUGGGGCUCGCGGACCCGCGGCUCUUCGAGGCGCUGCUGAGCCGCGACGACGGCGAGGCCGAGGACCGCGUCCUGCACUUCCUCAACCGCGCCUCGGACGAGGAGGCGGCCGCCGCGCUCUUCUUCUACCGCGCGCUGGAGGCCGAGGAGGUGGAGGUGGAGAUCGACGUGGAACCACCCGUCCCGUCGGAGCAGGGAGAGGAGGAAGAGGACAAUGAUGCUCAGAAAAUGGAGGCCUCAGAAAGCGCGUCAGUUAAGACCCCGUGGUCGGCCACCGGCAUCCAGUCUGUCACCGCGGAGGAUGAGGAAGAGGCGGGAGAGACUGGAGAGAAAUUACCCAUGAAAAAAAUUGUGAAGCAGACAGUGGAAAAGAUUUGUCUCCGUGUGCUUUGCGAGCCUGUCCCCGAGGAGUUUCUGGACCAGAUCGUGGUGUUUUUCCUCAGAAACACAAAAGAGGCGGUCCCCGAGGCCACGGACAUGAAGGAGACCAUGGAGCUCAUGCCCCAGACGAUGGAGUUCGGGGUUCUGAACGCCAGCACGCUCAACUUCCUGAAGGAGAUCAUAUGCCAGGUUUUUCUGCCGGCUUUGUCCUUCAAUCAGCACAAGGAAGGAAGUGCGGGCCUCACACCUGGAGAGUUCUCCAGCACGAUGGGGUUUGAGAUGGACUUGGGUAGCCUGCCUGGGGAGACAGUAGAAUAUCACAGCAUCCAACUGAUGCGGGAUGAAUUUCUAAUGAACCUCCAGAAAUUCGCAAAUAGUAUCCAAAGGACAAUACAGCAACUGGAAGGUGAGAUCAAGCUAGAAAUGCCCAGCAUCAGUGUCGAGGGAGAGGUGUCUGAGCUGGCGGCUAACGUGGAGACUGUUGAAAUCUUGGAGCAGUGUGUGAUAAACUGGUUGAACCAGAUAUCCACAGCUCUGGAGGACCAGCUGAAAAAGACCCCUCAGGGCAACGGCCCUCUGGCCGAAAUUGAAUUCUGGAGAGAAAGAAAUGCAACUCUCAGUGCCCUCCAUGAGCAGACAAAGCUCCCAGUCGUCAGGAAGGUCCUGGAGGUGAUCAAAGAGUCCGACUCCAUGCUCGUGGUGAAUCUGCAGCCCGUCCUGACCGACUUGUACAAGUACCACACGGAGGCCUCGGACAACGUGCGCUUCCUGUCCACCGUGGAGCGUCAUUUCAAGAACAUAACGCACGGCUCUGGCUUCCAUGUGGUCCUGGAGACCAUCCCGUCCAUGAUGAAUGCACUACGCAUGGUGUGGAUCAUCUCCCGGCACUACAACAAGGACGAGAGGAUGGUCCCACUCAUGGAACGCAUCGCCUGGGAAAUCGCCGACCGGGUCUGCCGCGUGGUCAACCUGCGGACGCUGUUCAGAGAGAACCGAGCUAGCGCACAGCGCAAAACCUCAGAGGCCAGGAACACCCUGCACAUGUGGAAAAAGUCCUACUUUGAAGUCAGGGCCAAGAUCGAGGCUUCUGGGAGAGAGGCCCGGUGGGAGUUUGACCGGAAGCGGCUGUUCGAGAGGACAGACUACAUAGCCACCAUCUGCCAGGACCUCUACGACAUCCUUCAGGUGGUGGAGGAGUUCUACAAUAUAUUUGGCCCGGAGCUGAAGGCGGUGACUGGCGACCCCAAGCGCAUUGACGACGUGCUGUGCCGCGUGGACAGCCUGGUCAGCCCCAUGGAGAACCUGACCUUUGACCCCUUCAGCAUGAAGUCCUCCCAGUACUGGAAAUACGUGAUCGAUGACUUCAAGAUCGAAGUUCUGGUUAUCGAGAAAGAAGCCAAAAAUUUUAUCGACGAAUCUUUCAAGACGCUUCGAUCUGCCGAAGCGGCAUUUGACAUGCUUUUAAAAUUUAAGCAUAUUCGUUCGCGGGAGGCGAUUAAUCGACAGAUGAUGAUGAAGUUUAACGACAUCCUUGCGCAGUAUUGUAAAGAGAUCGACAUCAUCAACAAGCUCUUUGUUCAGCACCAGGAGAACCCGCCACUGUACAAGAACCACCCUCCGGUGGCCGGCGCCAUCUGCUGGGAGCGCUCCCUGUUCUUCCGCAUCAAGCACACCAUCCUCCGCUUCCAGGAGGUGGAGGAGAUUCUGGACAGUGACCUGGGGAGAGAGGUAAAACAGAAAUAUUUGGAAGUGGGCAGGACCAUGAAGGAAUACGAAGACAAAAAAUACCAGUUGUGGAGAGAGAACACGGAGCAGAUCCUGCCGACACUGAUGAAGAAGAGCCUGCUCACCAAGACUUCUGAGGACGCGGCACCCACGGACAAGGGGCCUGUGUUUGUGAUCAAUUUCUCACCUGCCCUCAAGGAGAUCAUUCAUGACACUAAGUACUUGGAACAGCUGGGGUUCACUGUCCCUGAGUUAGCAAGGAAUGUUGCACUUCAGGAGGACAAAUUUCUUAGGUACACGGACGGGAUACAGCGUGUACUGGAUCAUUACCACAAGCUCGUAGGCACGUUGAACGAGGCCGAGUUGCUCCUCCUGGAGGACCACUCCCAGGAAUUGAUCAGAGUGUUUCGGUCUGGAUACAAGAGGCUGAACUGGAACUCACUAGGUAUCCCUGACUACAUAACCCGGUGCAAACAGGCCAUCGGGAAAUUCGAAUCUCUGGUGCACCAGAUCCACAAGAACGCGGACGAUAUCACUUCCAGGCUGGCGUUGAUUGAGUCCAUAAAUCUCUUUAAAUAUCCAACAUGUAAGAGUGAGGACGAACUCCCAGGCGUGAAGGAGUUUUUUGAGCACAUUGAUCGAGAACGGCUGAAAGACGUGGAGCACAUGGUCAGGUGGUAUCUCGCCAUCGGGCCUCUGCUGACCAAGGUCGAGGGCCUGGUUGUCCACACCAACACCGGCAAGGCCCCCAAGCUGCUGCCCUACUACGAGUACUGGGAAAAUAAGAUUUAUGAGGUCCUGACCAAGCUCGUCCUGAAGAAUUUGCAGUCUUUCAAUUCUUUAGUCCUUGGAAAUGUCCCUUUGUUCCAAACGGAAACCAUUCUGACUGCCCCCGAGAUCAUCCUUCACCCCAACGCCAAUGAGAUCGACAAAAUGUGUGUCCACUGCGUCCGAAGUUGCGUGGAGAUCACCAGGCAUUUUGUCCGAUGGAUGCACGGCAGCUGCAUAGAGUGCCCUCCUCAGAAGGGGGAGGAGGAAGAACUCGUUAUAAUAAGCUUUUACAAUGACAUCUCUCUGAACCCCCAGAUAACUGAGCAAGCACUUAUGAUCCCCCAAAACGUCCACAGGAUUCUGCUCAAUCUUACAAAGUACCUACAAAAAUGGAAGAGGUAUCGCCCCCUCUGGAAAUUGGACAAAACCAUCGUGAUGGAGAAAUUUGCCGCCAGGAAACCCCCCUGUGUGGCAUAUGAUGAAAAGCUGCAGUUCUAUUCCAAGAUUGCCUCCGACGUCCUGCGCCACCCUCUGAUUAAGGACGAGCAGUGCGUCCGGCUGCAGCUCGGGCCGCUGGCGAGCACAGUGCGGGAAAAUGCCAAGUCCUGGGUGCUUUCGCUUGGGAAACUCCUCAACGACUCAGCCAGGGAGGAGCUCCACAAUCUCCACGAAGAGAUAGAGCACCUGGCCAAACAGCUGAAGAAGAGCCCCAGCACCCUUGAAGACCUCAAGCUUGUCCUCGCCACGAUUGCCGAGAUCAGGAGCAAGUCUUUAGUCAUGGAGCUGAGAUACAGGGACGUCCAGGAGAGGUACCGCACCUUGGCCAUGUACAAUAUCUCCCCACCUGAUGCAGAGAAAGAACUGGCUAAAAUGAUUGAGAGCCUGUGGCAAAAUCUGCUUAGCGAUUCGAUGAGUGUGGAGCACUCUCUUGGGGGCAUAAAGAGGACUUUCACAGAGAUUACUCGAGGUGAAAUACUCAACUAUAGACGGCAGAUAGAGGAUUUUGCGAAGCGCUUUUACAGCGAAGGGCCUGGUGCUGUCGGGGAAGACCUUGACAGAGGAACAGACCUUUUGGUGAUGUUUGAAAGAGAGCUGGCCAGACACGAGAGGAGCCGCCAGGAGCUCGCCAACGCCGAGAAGCUCUUCGACCUCCCAAUCACGAUGCACCCCGAGCUGCUCCAGGUGCAGAAGGAGAUGAAGGGGCUGAAGCUGGUCUACGAGCUCUAUGGUGGGCUCAAGGCUGCCAAAGAAGAGUGGUCUCAGACCCUCUGGGCCAACCUGAACGUUCAGUUUCUCCAGGAGGGAAUCGAGGGGUUUCUCAAGAACCUCCGGAAGCUGCCGCGGCAAGUGCGAAGCCUCCCGGUGGCCUACCAUCUGGAGAUGAAGAUGAAGGCAUUCAAAGACUCCAUCCCCCUGCUCCUGGACUUGAAACACGAGGCGCUGAGAGACAGGCAUUGGAAAGAGCUUAUGGAAAAAACGGGGGUGUUUUUUGAAAUGACGGAAACUUUCACCUUGGAAAAUAUGUUUGCCAUGGAACUUCACAAACACGUGGACGUUCUCAACGAGAUCGUGACGUCAGCCAUCAAGGAGAUUGCCAUCGAGAAGGCUGUGAAGGAAAUCCUGGACACGUGGGAAAAUAUGAAAUUCACUGUGGUCAAGUACUACAAAGGCACCCAGGAGCGAGGCUACAUUUUGGGGUCUGUUGAUGAAAUCAUCCAGGGCCUCGACGACAACACGUUCAACCUGCAGAGCAUCGCGGGGAGCAGAUUCGUGGGGCCUUUUCUGCAAACUGUUCACAAAUGGGAGAAGACCCUUUCUCUCAUCGGGGAGGUCAUCGAGAUCUGGAUGCUGGUGCAGAGGAAGUGGAUGUACCUGGAGAGCAUUUUCAUCGGCGGCGACAUCAGGUCACAGCUCCCUGAGGAGGCAAAGAAGUUCGACGCCAUCGACAGGAUGUUCAAGCGGAUCAUGGCGGAGACCCUGAAGGACCCGGUCAUCAAGAAGUGCUGCGAGGCCCCAAACCGCCUGGUUGAGCUGCAGAACAUCAGCGAGGGCCUCGAGAAGUGCCAGAAGAGCUUGAACGACUACCUGGACUCCAAGAGGAAUGCCUUCCCCCGGUUCUUCUUCAUCUCCGACGACGAGCUGCUCAGCAUCCUGGGCAACAGCGACCCGCUCUGCGUCCAGGAGCACAUGAUCAAGAUGUUUGACAACGUCGCGCUGCUGCGGUUCAACGACGGGGACAGCGGAGAAAAACUGGUGUCUGCCAUGAUUUCGGCGGAAGGAGAGGUCAUGGAGUUCCGCAAGAUCAUCCGAGCAGAAGGGCGCGUGGAGGACUGGAUGACGGCUGUCUUGCGUGAGAUGCGCAGAACAAACAGGCUGAUCACCAAGGAGGCUAUCUUCAGAUAUUGUGAAGACAGGAGCAGAGUCGACUGGAUGCUCCUGUACCAGGGCAUGAUGGUGCUGGCCUCCAGCCAAGUGUGGUGGACGUGGGAGGUGGAGGACGUCUUCCGCAAGGUGCAGGCCGGGGAGAAGCAGGCCAUGAAGGACUACGGCAAGAAGCUGCACCAGCAGAUCGACCAGCUGGUCACGCGCAUCACACUGUCCUUGAGCAGGAACGACAGGAAGAAAUACAACACGGUGCUCAUUAUCGACGUGCACGCCCGGGACAUCGUCGACUCUUUCAUCAGGAGCAGCAUCCUCGAGGCCCGGGAAUUUGAGUGGGAGAGUCAGCUCCGGUUCUACUGGGACCGGGAGCCGGAUGAGCUGCGUGUCCGCCAGUGCACGGGCACCUUUGGCUAUGGCUACGAGUACAUGGGCCUGAACGGGAGGCUGGUCAUCACGCCGCUCACCGACCGCAUCUACCUGACCCUCACCCAGGCGCUCUCCAUGUAUCUGGGCGGGGCCCCUGCUGGCCCGGCAGGGACUGGCAAAACCGAGACCACCAAGGAUCUCGCCAAAGCCUUGGGCUUGCUCUGUGUGGUCACCAACUGCGGCGAAGGCAUGGAUUACAAAGCUGUCGGGAAGAUUUUCUCUGGCCUGGCCCAGUGUGGGGCUUGGGGCUGCUUUGACGAGUUUAAUCGGAUCGACGCCUCUGUGCUGUCCGUGAUCUCAUCUCAGAUCCAGACCAUCCGAAACGCCUUGAUCCAUCAAUUAACCACGUUCCAGUUUGAAGGGCAGGAGAUCUCCCUGGACCCGAGAAUGGGCAUCUUCAUCACCAUGAACCCCGGCUACGCGGGCCGCACAGAGCUGCCCGAGUCGGUGAAGGCCCUGUUCCGGCCCGUGGUGGUGAUCGUGCCCGACAUGCAGCAGAUCUGCGAGAUCAUGCUCUUCUCCGAGGGCUUCCUCUGGGCCAAGACUCUGGCCAAAAAGAUGACGGUCCUGUAUAAGCUGGCCCGGGAGCAGCUCUCCAAGCAGCACCACUACGACUUCGGGCUCCGGGCCCUGAAGUCGGUGCUGGUGAUGGCCGGCGAGCUGAAGAGAGGCUCGCCUGAGCUCAAGGAGGACGUGGUGCUGAUGCGAGCCCUCCGGGACAUGAACCUGCCCAAGUUCGUGUUUGAGGACGUCCCGCUCUUCCUCGGGCUGAUCUCGGAUCUGUUUCCCGGACUCGACUGCCCGCGCGUGCGCUACCCGGACUUCAACGACGCUGUGGAGCAGGUGCUGGCGGAGAACGGCUACAUCGUCUUACCCGUCCAGGUGGACAAGGUGGUCCAGAUGUUCGAGACCAUGCUGACCCGCCACACGACGAUGGUGGUGGGGCCCACAGGAGGCGGCAAGUCUGUGGUCAUCAACACGCUGUGCCAGGCCCAGACCAAGCUCGGGCUGACGACGAAGUUGUACAUCCUGAACCCCAAGGCUGUGAGUGUCAUAGAACUCUACGGCAUCCUGGACCCCACCACCCGUGACUGGACUGAUGGGGUGCUGUCCAACAUCUUCAGGGAGAUGAACAAACCGACAGAUAAGAAGGAGAGAAAGUAUAUUUUGUUUGAUGGCGAUGUGGACGCGCUCUGGGUGGAAAACAUGAACUCCGUGAUGGACGACAACAAGCUGUUGACACUGGCCAAUGGUGAGCGCAUCCGGCUGCAAGCACACUGUGCUCUCCUCUUUGAGGUUGGAGAUCUACAGUAUGCCUCCCCUGCAACUGUGUCGCGAUGUGGAAUGGUUUAUGUGGAUCCUAAGAACUUGAAAUAUGAACCAUACUGGAAAAAAUGGGUUAAUCAAAUACAAAACAAGGCCGAGCUAAACACUUUGGAUAACCUCUUUGCAAAGUAUGUGCCCUAUCUCAUGGAUGUGAUAGUGGAAGGAAUAGUGGAUGGAAGACAAGGAGAGAAGCUGAAGAUGAUCGUUCAUCAAACAGACCUAAACAUGGUGACCCAGUUGACCAAGAUGUUGGAUGCAUUACUGGAAGGGGAAAUAGAGGACCCGGACCUGCUGGAGGCCUACUUCUUAGAGGCUCUGUACUGCUCUCUGGGCGCCACCCUGCUGGAGGACGCGAGGAUAAAGUUUGAUGAGUGCAUUAAGCACAUAGCCUCUUUGCCCACUGCUGACACAGAAGGGGUCUGGGCCGGCCCCGGGCAGCUGCCAGGCCACCUGCCCACCCUGUACAACUUUCACUUCCAUCCAACUGAGAAGAAGUGGAUCCCAUGGAACAAACUGGUUCCCGAGUAUGUCCACGAUCCCGAGCGGAAAUUCCUGGACAUCCUGGUUCACACGGUGGACACGACCUGCACCACCUGGAUCCUGCAGCAGAUGGUGAAGAUUAAGCAGCCUGUCAUUUUGGUUGGUGAAUCUGGUACCUCCAAGACCGCCACGACCCAGAAUUUCCUCAAAAAUCUGAACGAAGAGACUAAUAUUGUGCUGGUGGUCAAUUUCUCCUCCCGCACCACGUCCAUGGACAUCCAAAGAAAUCUAGAAGCGAAUGUGGAAAAGCGAACCAAGGACACGUACGGGCCGCCCAUGGGGAAGCGCCUCCUGGUGUUCAUGGACGACUUGAACAUGCCAAAGGUGGAUGAGUACGGCACUCAGCAGCCGAUCGCCUUGCUGAAGCUGCUGCUGGAGAAGGGCUUCCUGUACGACCGCGGGAAGGAGCUGAGCUGCAAGAACAUUCGCGACCUUGGCUGUGUUGCCGCCAUGGGGAAGGCUGGGGGCGGCCGCAAUGAAGUCGAUCCGAGGUUCCUUUCACUGUUCAGCGUCUUCAAUAUUCUGUUUCCUUCUGAGGAGUCUCUGCAUUUAAUUUAUUUCUCCAUCCUGAAAGGCCACACCUCGGUGUUCCACGAGAGCAUCGUGGCCAUGACCGACACGCUGACCUUCUGCACGCUGACACUUUACAAAAGCAUCGUGCAGGACCUGCCUCCCACCCCGUCCAAGUUCCACUACAUCUUCAACCUUCGGGACCUCUCGCGGGUUUUCAACGGUCUCGUCCUCACUAACCCAGAGCGGUUCCAGACGGUGGCCCAGAUGGUGAGGGUCUGGAGGAACGAGUGUCUGAGAGUCUUCCACGACCGCUUAAUCAACAAAACGGACAAGGAACUGGUACAAAGACACAUAGAAAACCUGGUGACGGAGCACUUCCCGGAUGACGUGGAGGUGGUGAUGAGGGACCCGAUCCUGUUCGGAGACUUCCGGAUGGCGCUGCAAGAAGAGGAAGCUAGAAUUUAUGAGGACAUCCAGGACUAUGAGGCGGCCAAGGCGCUGUUCCAGGAAAUUCUUGAGGAAUAUAACGAAAGCAACACGAAAAUGAACCUGGUGCUCUUUGACGACGCCCUGGAGCACCUGACGCGCGUGCACCGCAGCAUCCGCCUGGACCGCGGCCACGCCCUGCUGGUCGGGGUCGGGGGCUCGGGGAAGCAGUCCCUGGCCAGGCUGGCCGCCUUCACCGCCGGCUGUGAGGUGUUUGAGAUCCUCUUGAGCCGGGGCUACUCUGAGAGCAAUUUCCGGGAAGAUCUGAAGAACCUUUACCUGAAGCUGGGCAUUGAGAACAAAUCCACGAUCUUCCUGUUCACCGACGCGCACGUGGCCGAGGAGAGCUUCCUGGAGCUCAUCAACAACAUGCUGACCUCGGGCAUCGUCCCUGCGCUUUUCCCCGACGACGAGAAGGAGUCCAUCCUCAGCCAGCUGGGCCCGGAGGCCAUGAAGCAGGGUGUGGGCCCGGCCAAGGAGUCCGUGUGGCAGUACUUCGUGAACAAGAGUGCCAACAAUCUGCACAUCGUGCUGGGCAUGUCACCGGUGGGGGACAUCCUGAGGACCCGCUGCAGAAACUUCCCAGGUCUGGUGAAUAACACCAGUAUCGACUGGUUCAUGCCCUGGCCUUCCCAGGCCCUGCAGGCAGUCGCUAAGUCAUUUCUAGGGGAUAACCACAUGAUCCCGGCAGAGAAUCUAGAAAACCUUGUGGAGCAUUUUGUCUUGGUCCACGAAUCCGUGGGUGAAUUCAGCAAACAAUUUCUACAGAAACUGAGGCGCAGCAAUUAUGUAACUCCCAAGAAUUACCUUGAUUUUAUCCACACCUAUUCAAAAUUACUGGAGGAGAAAACCCAGAAUAACAUAGCUCAGUGCAAGCGCCUGGAGGGCGGGCUGGACAAGCUGAAGGAGGCCACCGCCCAGCUGGACGAGCUGAACCUGAAGCUGGCCGAACAGAAGAUCGUGCUGGCCGAGAAGUCGCAGGCGUGUGAGGCCCUGCUGCAGGAGAUCGCCACCAACACUGCCAUAGCGGAGGAGAAGAAGAAGCUGGCAGAAGAGAAAGCCAUGGAGAUAGAGGAACAGAACAAGGUCAUCGCCAUCGAAAAGGCUGAGGCCGAGAUGGCCCUGGCUGAGGUCAUGCCCAUCCUGGAGGCCGCCAAGCUGGAGCUGCAGAAACUGGACAAGUCGGACGUGACCGAGAUUAGGUCCUUCGCCAAGCCCCCAAAGCAGGUGCAGACCGUCUGCGAGUGCAUCCUCAUCAUGAAGGGCUACAAAGAGGUUAACUGGAAGACCGCCAAGGGCAUGAUGUCCGACCCCAACUUCCUGAGGUCCCUGAUGGAGAUCGAUUUCGACUCCAUUAGCCCGAGCCAAGUGAAGAACAUCAGAAGUCUCCUGAAGACGCUCAACACCACCACGGAGGAGAUGGAGGCGGUGAGCAAGGCGGGCCUGGGCAUGCUGAAGUUUGUGGAGGCUGUCAUGGGCUACUGCGACGUCUUCAAAGAGAUCAAGCCCAAAAGAGACAAGGUGGCCAAGCUGGAGCGGACUUUCUUCCUCACUAAACGUGAACUGGAAAAGAUCCAGAAUGAGUUGGCGGCCAUCCAGAGAGAGCUGGAAGCUUUGGGGGCCAAAUACGAGGCGGCCAUCCUGGAGAAGCAAAAGCUCCAGGAAGAAGCCGAGAUCAUGGAGAGGCGGCUGAUUGCCGCCGACAAGCUCAUCUCCGGGCUGGGGUCCGAGAACGUCAGGUGGCUGAAGGACCUGGCUGAGCUCAUGCACCGGCGGGUGAAGCUGCUGGGGGACUGCCUGCUGUGUGCCGCCUUCCUGAGCUAUGAAGGCGCCUUCACCUGGGAGUUCCGUGACGAGAUGGUCAACCAGGUGUGGCAGGCGGACAUCCUGAAGCGGGAGAUUCCCCUGAGCCAGCCCUUUCGACUGGAAAGCCUGCUCACGGAUGACGUCGAGAUCAGCAGGUGGGGCUCCCAGGGGCUGCCCCCCGAUGAGCUCUCGGUGCAGAACGGCAUCCUCACCACCCGGGCCAGCCGCUUCCCGCUCUGCAUCGACCCCCAGCAGCAGGCGCUCAGCUGGAUAAAGAGAAAGGAGGAGAAGAACAACCUGCGGGUGGCUUCCUUCAACGACCCCGACUUCCUCAAGCAGCUGGAGAUGGCCAUCAAGUACGGGACCCCCUUCCUGUUCCACGACGUGGACGAGUACAUCGACCCUGUGAUCGACAACGUCCUGGAAAAGAACAUAAAGGUCUCCCAGGGGCGGCAGUUCAUCAUCCUGGGGGACAAGGAAGUGGACUACGACUCGAACUUCAGGCUCUACCUGAACACCAAGCUGGCCAACCCCAGAUACUCGCCGUCUGUGUUCGGGAAGGCCAUGGUGAUCAAUUACACGGUCACGCUGAAAGGCCUGGAGGACCAACUGCUGAGCGUGCUGGUGGCCUACGAGAGGCGAGAGCUGGAGGAGCAGCGGGAGCACCUCAUCCAGGAGACGAGCGAGAACAAGAAUCUGCUGAAGGACCUGGAGGACUCUCUCCUCCGGGAGCUGGCCACCUCCACGGGGAACAUGCUGGACAACGUGGAGCUGGUGCAUACGCUGGAGGAGACCAAGUCCAAGGCCAUGGAGGUCACAGAGAAACUCAAGCUGGCGGAGAAGACGGCGCUGGACAUCGACAGGCUGCGGGACGGCUACCGGCCGGCUGCCAGGAGAGGCGCCAUCCUGUUCUUCGUGCUGUCGGAGAUGGCACUGGUGAACGCCAUGUACCAGUACUCCCUGGCCGCCUUCCUCGACGUCUUCGGCUUGUCGCUCAAGAAGUCCCUGCCGGAUUCCAUUCUCAUGAAGCGCCUGAAGAACAUCAUGGACACGCUGACUUUCAACAUCUACAACUACGGUUGUACAGGGCUGUUUGAGAAGCACAAGUUACUCUUUUCUUUCAAUAUGACUAUUAAAAUCGAACAAGCGGAAGGCAGAGUCCCCCAGGAAGAAUUAGAUUUCUUUUUGAAAGGAAACAUUUCCCUGGAGAAGAGCAAACAAAAAAAGCCCUGCGCGUGGCUGUCCGACCAGGGGUGGGAAGACAUCAUUCUUCUAUCAAAACUGUUCUCGGCCACCUUUGGGACUCUCCCUAGCGAUGUCGAGAACCACCUGUCUGUCUGGCAGGAGUGGUAUGACCUGGAUUGGCUCGAGCAGGCCCCGUUCCCCCUGGGCUACGACGACAACAUCACCCCUUUCCAGAAGUUGCUGAUUCUGCGCUGUUUCCGCGUGGACCGGGUAUACCGGGCGGUGACCGACUACGUGACCGUGAUCAUGGGGGAGAAGUACGUGCAGCCCCCGGUGAUCAGCUUUGAGGCCAUCUUUGAGCAGAGCACCCCGAACUCGCCCAUUGUGUUUAUCCUGAGCCCUGGCUCCGACCCUGCCAGUGACCUGAUGAAGUUAGCCGAGCGGAGUGGUUUUGGAGGAAACCGCCUCAAAUUCCUGGCCAUGGGUCAAGGUCAAGAAAAACUGGCCCUGCAGCUGCUGGAGACGGCAGUGGCUCGCGGCCAGUGGCUGAUGCUGCAGAACUGCCACCUCCUGGUCCGGUGGCUCAAGGAUCUGGAGAAGUCCCUGGAGCGCAUCACCAAGCCUCACCCCGACUUCCGCCUGUGGCUCACCACCGACCCCACCAAGGGCUUCCCCAUUGGCAUCCUGCAGAAGUCCUUGAAGGUGGUCACGGAGCCACCCAACGGGCUGAAGCUCAACAUGAGGGCGACUUACUUCAAGAUCUCUGAGGAAAUGCUGGGCCAGUGUCCCCACCCGGCCUUCAGGCCCCUGGUGUACGUGCUGGCCUUCUUCCACGCCGUGGUGCUGGAGAGGAGGAAGUUCGGCAAGAUCGGCUGGAACGUCUACUACGACUUCAACGAGUCCGACUUCCAGGUCUGCAUGGAGAUUCUGAACACGUACCUGACAAAGGCCUUCCAGCAGCACGACCCCCGGAUCCCGUGGGGCAGCCUCAAGUACCUCAUUGGGGAGGUCAUGUAUGGAGGACGGGCCAUCGACAGCUUCGACCGGCGCAUCCUGACCGUGUACAUGGACGAGUACCUGGGAGACUUCAUCUUCGACACUUUCCAGCCCUUCCACUUCUUCCGCAACAAGGAGGUGGACUACAGGAUCCCCGUGGGCGACCUGAAGGAGAAGUUCGUGGAGGCCAUUGAGGCGCUCCCGCUGGCCAACACGCCCGAGGUGUUCGGGCUGCACUCCAACGCCGAGAUCGGCUACUACACGCAGGCCGCACGGGACAUGUGGGCGCACCUGCUGGAGCUGCAGCCGCAGACAGGGGAGAGCAGCAGCGGCAUCAGCCGUGACGACUACAUCGGCCAGGUGGCCAAGGACAUAGAGAACAAGAUUCCCAAGGUGUUCGACUUGGACCAGGUCAGGAAGGCCCUGGGGGCGGACGUGUCGCCCACGUCCGUGGUGCUGCUGCAGGAGCUGGAGCGCUUCAACAGGCUGGUGCUGCGCAUGGCCCGCUCGCUGGCCGAGCUGCAGAGGGCCCUGGCAGGAGAGGUGGGCAUGAGCAGCGAGCUGGACGACGUGGCCAGGUCUCUCUUCCUCGGGCAAAUCCCGAGCAUCUGGAGAAAGCUCGCCCCGGACACCCUGAAGUCCCUUGGAAACUGGAUGCUCUACUUCCAGCGGCGCUUCAGCCAGUACACGUCCUGGGUCAGCGACAGCGAGCCCGGCGUGAUGUGGCUCUCGGGGCUGCACGUCCCGGAGUCCUACCUCACGGCCCUGGUGCAGGCCACCUGCCGGAGGAACGGCUGGCCGCUGGACCACUCCACCCUGUUCACGCAGGUCACCAGGUUCCAGGGCGCUGAUGAAGUGAACGAGCGGGCAGGCCAAGGAUGCUUUGUCUCGGGGCUGUAUCUGGAGGGCGCCGACUGGGACCUCGAGCGGGGCUGUCUGGUCAGGAGCAAGCCCAAGGUGCUGGUGGUGGACCUGCCCGUCCUGAAGAUCAUCCCCAUCGAGGCCCAUCGCCUCAAGCUGCAGAACACGCUGCGGACACCCGUCUACACCACCUCCACCAGGAGGAACGCCAUGGGUGUUGGGCUGGUGUUUGAGGCUGAUCUCUUCACCACAAAGCACAUUUCCCACUGGGUGCUGCAAGGGGUGUGCCUCACCCUGAAUUCUGACUAGCCCCGUGCGCCCCCAGCCCUGCACCCGUGUCCUGAGACCCCGGCCCUGAGUCCCGGGCCGACGCCCACGUGUGGGCAAUCAGCCAUUUUAAUGCCUUUUCGGAGAAAUUACCUGGAUUUUUGUAAAAACUAUUUUUUUUUUUUUAGAAUUCUGUAUAUUUGCAAAGUAAAUC